AUGGAAUUGGGAAUUGAAACAAUCAAAAUUAGGGUUUUGAUUAGAGUUAUUGCAUAUGAAGAUGAAAAGGCGGUAGGUUACAUCUCCGUCUCUCUUUUAGAUUCUGAGUUGGAGGGCCAAUCACUAUUUGCAAGCUCACAAUUUGACAUAUUUGGUUUUACAGCAACUGAACAAUCUCACAAGCAAGCUGAGAAAGAUCAGCAUGAGAGGCUGUUUGUUCGGUUUGAGUUGGCUACGAAGUUGCCAUCUAUAUACUUUAUGCUUCGGGUAAAACUUUUGCUACAGAUGGGAUGGCGGCGUGGUCAUUCAAUAAAGGAUGUGCGUGCUAGCUCAAGUUUGGUUCUGAAUCUGGUUUGA